UCUGCAGUCGACAUGAAGCCUCUUCCUGCUGUUGCGCCGGUGCUCCUGGUGGUGCUGGCGUGCCUGGCAACGGCGCUUCCCGAGGCGAGUCCGGGCGGCGUCUGCUGCGGGGGCGGCGGCGGAGGCAGAGGCGGAGGCCGUGGCCGCGGCUACGGCAGACGUUUCGGAGGCGGACGAGGCCUCGCCAUUAAGCUGGGCGGAAAGUUCUCCGUCAAAGGAUUCGGAGGAGGCGGCUCCGGGUACGGUGGCGGAGGAGGAAGUGGAGGAAGUGGAGGCUUCGGAGGCGGAGGAAGUGGAGGUGGAGGAAGUGGAGGCUUUGGAGGCGGAGGAAGUGGAGGCUUCGGUGGAGGAGGAAGUGGAGGCUUCGGAGGUGGAGGAAGUGGAGGCUUCGGUGGAGGAGGAAGUGGAGGCUUUGGAGGCGGAGGAAGUGGAGGCGGAGGAAGUGGAGGCUUCGGUGGAGGCGGAGGAGGUUUCGGCUCGAGCUUCAGCAGCAGCGGCAGCAGCGUCCUCGGCAGCGGAUCCAGCUUCAGCGGCAGUAGCAGCGGGGUCUUCGGAAAAGGAUCGGGCUUCAGCAGCAGUAGCAGCGGCUUCACUACUGGAGGAGGAGGAGGAGGAGGAGGAGGCUUCGGUGGUGGCGGAUCAGGUGGAUCAGGUGGAGGUGGAGGAUCUGGAGGCGGCGGUGGGGGAGGCGUCUGUUGUGCCUACAAGGGGCGGUGAGCGGCUCAUGUUCAACCACGCCACAGAAGCCGGUGGUCAGCCGUAAAGCCCAAAACCGGCCUCUUUUGUCCCGCCGAGCUGAUGCAGACAUCGCUCUUCUG